UGAUCUGCAAUUGAUCUCCUCUCUCUUCCCCUACUUCAAAAUGCGUCUGUUUCAGUUUCCCGUCUUGGUCUACACAUCUCUGAUUGCUCUACCCAUCACUCUCCCCAACCCUAAAAUGAAAAUGAGUCUUCUUCGCCACUUUACUCCUAUCUCACUACUCUCUCUUCCUGGCCAUCUAUAUAUAAUCAUCAUCUCCUUGUAGGAUUUCUCAAACCCUAACUUGUUAACAGUUCUCAUUAUUCUCUCUCUUUCCCUAAUCUCUUCUCUUUGCUACCUCAGUGGGUCCAUUGUAGAAGACUCUGUCUAACAUGUUCAAAAAACUGAAAAUCAAGAAAAGGGAAGACUUCCAUCUCUCUGGCGAACUCACUCCCUUCACUGAAGAAAGCUUCUCUUUUCAGAGAAGAGAGUCGGAGAAGCGUUGCCGGAGGUGAGGGGACAGCGCUUUUUUUUGGGCAUUGAGCUUGAAGGGGUCCUCCUUCUCGAAUUAUUACAAUACGAAUUCUCCAUCUGAAAGAAUCUCGACUUCCAAGGAGAAGGAAGCAAUUAUCUCGCUCAUCCGAGGAGCAUUGCUGGAGUAGACGGGGAGAGAAGAAGCUCCAUACUGAACCGCUCCCUCGACCGGGGAACACUGCAUCUUAUCAUCUCGCUCAUGAGCUACCACCAUUCUUCAUAGGUGACCACCAACUCAAACUCGCCACCGAACCCUGUUGAUUCUGUUGCCGGCUACCCAUUACAGCAUAUGAAGUACUCGCUCCAUACUUGCUUUUUGGAGUUGAAAACUAGCUGUUCUUGGGUCCGAAUUGAUUUCCGGCGAUAUGGGGUAGUCUGGAAUUCGAUAUUCUGGGGAGAAAUCAGAGCGGUCUUGGAGGGUGAAAAUUGGUGGUGGUGGAAGAUGGGAAUUAGGGAAAUUCUCACUCCAUACAGCUGAAACAGCCUCAGCCUCAACCUCAGCUGAAAUUCUCACUCCAUAUGGUAGAAGGCGAGAGAAGAAGCUUUAUUCUCGUCAUCUUUUGGCUUCUACUCCAGCAAUACUCCUCCUAUGAGCGAGAGAAUUGCUUCCUUCUCCGUAGAAGCCAGGGGUUCCUUUCAUAUGGAGAAUCCAUGUUGGAAGGAUUCGAGAAUGGGGACCUCUUCAAGCUCAAUGCCCUAAAAAAAUGCCCUUCUGUCCCCCUCCCCUGCGGUGAAGCUUAUCUGACUAUCUUCUCUAAAGAGAAGAGCUGGUGCUUCCUUCACUACGUAAGCUGCCAAACGGACCUUGAAGAAUACCGUCAAUACGCUCUGCUAUGCUCUGAAGAGAGGUCAGGUCUCUCUGCAGCUUUUUUAUCUCCCAAAUCCUUGAAAUCUCUCUCUCUCUCUAAAUAGAUAUUUAGUACUCCGUAUUUAUGUAUUGAAUAUAUAAUGAAUAUAAAUAUGUUGGUGCGUAUCCUUUUGAGGUAAACAGAUCAUGAAGUUGUCUUGCUUUGCUGGUAUUGUUUUUGAACUUUGAAGAUAAUAUUGAAAUUCAAGUGCAUUUAUCAAAUCAUUAGUGGACCAUAAUCCAAUAAGUAUUCUUUCAAUCUAUGCUAAAACACCAAUUGUAAAUAAACAUAAAAAUGGUUUAGCAAAACCUAGAUGAACUUGUUAAUUACCAAUGUGAUUUGAAAAAUGUAUUGUCUAAGGAAUAUUUGUUUCAUGCAGACAAAUUAUACAUAUGCUUCAUGCAUAUGUAAAAAUCAUGCUACUUAUUUUUCUACUUUCACAGAGGUUUGAUGGAUAAAAGAAGCAAAUAUGUAACUUUAUCCACUGAAAAUUGGUAUAAACACAUGUUUCUUAAGAUAAGGUUUAAGGAAUUAAUGAGCUCUUUAUAUAGACUAUUUUUUAUGAUUUAUUUCACUUGGUUUGACUUUCUAAUUCAUGCAGUUUUUAGAAAGUGAAGUCUAUGCGCUAAUAAUAAUAUUGUGAAGAUGAGUGGAUGAAGUCCAUAAACAUACUCAAGGUGUGAGGGUUUGCACGACUUUCUCUAUAGUCUAUCUCUUAUUUUUCUUCAUGUAAUUCCCUAUAAUUCCUUGAUAUGGUUGUAGUUUCUUUUCUUUAUUUAUUAAUUUGUUUGGGGGGAAGAUUAAAAAUUUACUACCUCCUUCUGAUGGACAAGUUCUGGUUGGUUUCUUAUUAGAAAUUUACACCCUGUUUCUAAUGCGAACAAUAUCUGUUAGCAAUUUUUUUCUAGGAAACCUAUUUAAUUGCUAUAAAACCAGUUUUCAAGAACCGUGAAUCUCAGAGAAUUCAAAAAAUAUAUAUUACUAUAGAAUAAUUUUUUUUCCCCCUCCAACUCAGUAUUAGAAAAUAUCUAACUAAAUGACUUUUCGUACAUUUGUUUUGUCUAAAUUAAUUAACAGAAAACCAUGUAGAGAAAAUAAAAUUAAUCAUGCCAAAAAAGAAAAAAGCAUAGAAAUAGAUAUGAUGUUCUCUCUUGGUAAUAUAUAUAUACACACACACAUUUUUAUACUACAAGAAGCAGAUUUUUUUUUUUUUUAAAUGUUCUCCAUCUCCAACUCUGUAAUUUUAACAAAAUAUCAUAUAUACAUGACUAUCUGACGAAGAAAAAGAAAAAGACUCCCUCACCUGGAGAGAGAGCGCGCAGUUAUCAUGCAGAAAGCAUUAAGGUUAGCAGUGAUGAAUUUGUGAGAAUGAUUCUUUUGGGUAGCAGUUUUUUGGAGGCAGCAAUUUUGUAUGGUGGAAGAACCAGAGGAUUACUUAAAUCGGCAAAUUUAUAUAAACAAUGCAUUCAAAGACAUGAUCUUACUUGAAAAUCAGAUCCCCUUUUUUAUUUUCGAGGGUCUCUUCAACCUAUAGCCUACCCGUGCAAGAGAACUUCUCCCUUCCUUGAGCUUUCCAUCUUAUACUACUCGGAUUUUGUUAUUUACAAAAAUAUGAAACCCUCAUUUCUGAGUAUUGAAGUAAAUGUCACUUACCCUCAUUUCUAACUCUUAAGGGUUGUAGAGAAAGUCAAUUAUGUGCCAGUUUGAAAUGCAGUGGAGCUUCAGGAGGCAUGAAUGAAGUUUAAGAAGGGUUCAAGCAAUCGUUUCCUUGACAUAAAGCUUUCCAUGAAUGGUGUAUUGGAAAUCCCCCAGACAAUCUUAAUCUUCACUUAGAAACCUCACGGCACUUGAGCAAUUUUGCCAUCCAUAUGAUAGUUACAUACUAAGAAGCACAGACAUGGAUACGGGAUAUAGAUACGACAUGACACGGACAUGGCGACACGACAAAUUCAAAAAAAUUAGGAUACAGACACGGACACGGCGAAUAGUUCUACUAUUUUUCAUCAACCUCAAUGAACAAAAUACACAAAUCAUAACUCAUAACUAAUAAACUAUAAAAGAACAAUGUUGCAGAGUUAUAAAAUUAAAUAAAAAAACAAGACAUUAGAAUAAUAACUAGUAUCAAUUAAUUAUAAGUUUAAAAUUAUAAUGUAUUGAUCACAUAAAGGAGUAAAAGUUGUUAAAUAACUUCACAUAUUUAUACUUUAACCCAAUUUUUUUAAAAAAAUUAUCUUUUAGACCCCCAAAAAUAAGACACGCGUGUUGGACACAACCCUUGACGUGUCGGACGCAUGUCCGCGGAGUGUCCGAAAAUUAAAAAAAAAAAAAAAAAAAUUCUAGACACGUUUUUUGGUGUGUUCGACACGUGUCAGGGUGUGUCCGACGAGUGUCGGACACGGAUUCUUCGCUCAUUUUGGCGUGUCCGUACUUCCUAGGUUACAUAAUUGAUUAUAUUUAUUUCAUGGAUAACCUAAUUAACACGGCUAAAGACGUGAAAUUACUUAUCGAAAAUGGGAUUUGUGAGAGCUACCUGGGCGAUAGCACUGCAACAGCAAAGUCUCUUUAAUAAUAUCACUAAGGAAGUGUCUUUCUGGUGUCCACGCUAUUGCUAUUACUUUUCUGGUAUAAGUGAAAAAUUGAAUGCAUAUUGCAGGUUCUGUCGCACGUGUGGAAGGCAAUACUAAAAAGUGAUUAUUUCAGCACUUCAUGGAGAACUGCUUCUAUUAUCGCUGCGGUUAUCUUGGUUGGACUUACUCUUAUGCAAACUAUUUGUUCUAUAAUCUCCCUUAUAGGUUCAAUACUUGUGUACUUUCAUUAUGCAUUGUACUGAUAUUUCCUGCGCAUUUAUAGUUCUUACAGAUUAUGUAGUCUUCACCAUUGAUAUUGUCUUAGUUACGGUGGCAUUAUCUAAAUUUUCAGGCUGUUUGGGUUUCAUUGUAGAAAAAAUAUAUAUAUUAUUUACCUUUGUGCAUUUUAUCUCUGAUUUUCAAAUUAAACAUUCUAACAAAUUAUGUAAUUUUUUAAAAUUGAUAUUACCUCUCUUUGAAGAUAUGUUGUGUAAAAUUAUCUUUAGGUCAUUGUUCAUUCGACAGGAAAAGAAAUUAAAAUGACUAUGAUUUCCAAGUUGGGGCUUGAAAUUUAUGCAGAAAUAGCUAAACUAAACUAAAAUAAAAUUGAUUAUAGGCUGGUAAAAUGACAUGUUCUUCAGUACUGGACUAGGCCCUAGACAAGCUUUUGCUCUUUUGAAGCUCUAAAUGUGAGAGAUUGAAGCGACCAAACAUGAUUUAGUUGAAGCUUUAGCUUGUUGAAGUUGUAGAAAUGAACCAUCCAUUCCAGAUUACUACUGAUUAUUUUUUAUAAUCUAGUCCGUGUGUGAAAUUAUAUGUUCUAUUUCAAGCUAAGACAUUAGAUUGUUUCACAUUCAAAUCUACAACAGUUCUUCUUACUAUAUUCAUUCUUAACAAUUAUAGAAUUAGUUACCAAUUGACAAAUUAUGUGCUGCAAACAUGGUUUUUUUAGUAAGCAAUUUUUCCCAUAUUGCUAUACUCUUUCUCAGAAAAUUAUAUUUUACUGCUAUUUGUUAAAAAAAAAUGUUCAAAAUAUGAGCUUUUGAUUCCCUCAGGUCAUGAUGAUAUCAAUCUCUGGAAGCUUGACAAGGAAGAAGGAGCAAAGGACCAAGGACCAACUUCACUCACUUUAUGACAAGGAAGAAGGAGCUUUUGAUUCCCUCAGGGUAUGGCAUGGAACAUCUUGAGAAGUCCUCAAGGUGAAAUCAAUGUGAUAACAAUAAUGUAGUGAAGCUUACUUGGUGAAGUACACAAAUAUACUCAAAGAUUGAAGAUUUGUUGUAUUAUCGAAAUUCAAGUGCAUUUACCAAAUCAUGUAUCCGGUAAGUAUUCUUUCAAUCUAUACGAUCCAUGUGAUAAGCUGAACUUAAGAAUAAUAUAUAUAUAUAUAUAUAUAUAUAUAUAUAUAUAUAUAUAUAUAUAUAUAUAUAUUGUGAUGUUUAUCAUGAAAUAUUCACAUGUUGAGUAUCAUUUUCCCUUUUUUAUUUUUUAUUUAUUUUUUAUAUCAUUCCAUUUUUGGGAAAAAUUAGAAGUUUCCACACAUCCUCUUCCAUGUAACAUUUUCUUCCUGCAGACGUUUUUCUCUAUAAACCUUCUUUCAUCACUAACACAACUUGGUUUUACUAUCAUCAGCUAGUGCGAUGCAUGCAAUCUUAAUUUAAUAAAACAUCAAUUGAUUAAGAAACAUAAAAUGGUUUUUCAUGCGCAAAAACUAGAUGAACUUGUUACCAAUAUGAUUUAGAAAAUGUAUUGUCAAAGAAUAUAUCUUUUAUAUGUAAAAAUCACGCUACUUAUUUUUCUAUUUUAACAUAGGUUUUGAUGAGGAUAAAAGAAGCAAAUUACCAACUUUAAUUUAUCCACUUAAAAUUAGAUAUAAACAUAUAUUUCUUAAUAUAAGGUGCAAGAAUUAAUGAGCUCUUUUUAUGGACUAUUUAUGAUUUUAUUUCGCUUGGUUUGACUUGUUAAUGCAGCAUAGAGGUUACUUAGAAAGUGAAGUCUAUGCUGUUAUAAUAUUAUUGUGAAGAUCACUGGAUGAAGUGCAUAAAAGUACUCAAGGCUUGAGGGUUUGCACAACUUUUACUAUAAUCUCUCUCCACAUAUAUUUUCUUUUCGUUCUUUAAUUUCCCUUUAAAUAUUGCUUGAUAUGUUUGUUUAGAAUACGUUUUUUCCUCUACCUCAGUAUUAGAAGACAGCUAACCAAAUGAAUUUUCGUACAUUUGUUCUCUCUAAAUAAUUAACAGAUGGAAAACCAUAUUCAGAAAAUAAAUUAAUUAUGACAGAAAAGAAAAAAGCAUAGAAAUAUAUUUCUCUAUAUAUUCACACACGUCUUAUAAGCGUAGAAAUAUAUUUCUCUAUAUAUACACACACGUCUUAUACCAUAAGAAGCACAAUUUUUUAAAAGUGUCCAUCUUCAGCUCUGCAAUCUUAAGAAAAUACCAAAUUUGACUAGCUACCUUCAUCUUGAUGAAGAAAUAUAAAUAGAUUUGCUUACUUGAAGAUGUAUAUAUUAUGGAAAAUUAGUAUCUCAUGAUGUAUUACUUGCAGCUAUACUUAAUUAUAAUCAAGCCAAUACAAAAGAUAAAAAAGGUUUUAACAAGCUAGAUUGAGGAAGAAAGAAAAAAAAAAAACACAUUGAAAUAUUUGUCAAGGUAACAAAUGCAGAACGGUUUACUCGUGUGUAAUUUACCCAAACCUCAAGAGAGAUCAAUGUAAGUUACCUCAUUUUAAAAGUAGAUUCAGCGGAAUUGAAGCUUUAUAAGACAUAUUGACCUUUAAAAGAGAAAAGUACAUAAUAAAUUAUUGAUAAAUUUUCUGAACUUCUUUCGUUACCAUGUCUUGAUGGGAUUUGACAAUUUUUUCCAAAACAUAAAAAAUUGUAGAUGUUAUGAAUCGACUCUAUGAAACUAUCAUUACAAAUGUGCCUAUUUAAUAAGGUGAUCUAAUUCACACUGAGUCAGUACUGUUAUUCUUUGGUGGUAGCAGAUGUUAAGAAUUGGCUGAGUUUAAAAAAUAUAUGUAUACAUAUAUAUAGAUCAAUAUUUUGUAGGAAAAUGAUACUCAGUCCUAUUGGUUAGGCUGAGGUCAUUGAUGGCCUAAAAUGGGACUUAAAACGGCCGUAUUCACUUUAGACUAUUGAUUAAUGUUUCACUUUGACACAUAGGCCUAAUUAGUUGGCCCGAAUAGGAUGACUUUUCAUAAAGGACAAAUGCGUGUUACUUAACGCCUUAAUUGCCCUUUUAGUUGCAGGACAACACAAGCUAGGAUGGAAAGAAUUGUCGCAGAAAGCCAUGAAAUUGAGAUAACAGAACACUAUAUGUCAGUUGAUAUUGCAGAUGCUGUCCCAUUGGUAAAUUCAAUUAGAGAAAAGACAGAUAAACUCUCUCCCAUAUCACCUGAUUGUUGUAUCUAUAGAGUUCCCAAAAGACUUCGUGAUGUAAAUGAAAGGGCUUACAUACCUCAAGUAGUUUCCAUUGGCCCUUUUCAUCACAGUGAAGAAAAUUUACAAGCCAUGGAAGAGAACAAGUUGAGAUACUUGCAGGCAUUCCUUAACCGUUCUGGAUUGAGUUUAGAGAGGUGUAUUGGAGUGAUAAAGGAGUGGGAAGAGACGGCUCGAAAAUAUUAUUCGGAAAGCAUUAAGCUUAGCAGUGAUGAAUUUGUUGAAAUGCUUCUUUUGGACAGCAGUUUCAUCAUUGAGACCAUUUGGAGGUACCAUUUCUCAUCACCGGAAGAAGCACAAACUAACUACUUGACGCGUCCAUCUCUCAGAACUUCCACAGUAAUGGACUUGAUCUUACUUGAAAAUCAGCUUCCCUUCUUUGUUCUUGAAGGUCUGUUCAACCUAGCUUUCCUUGUCACUCCACAAACCCAUUCCUUCCUCUCGCUUGCUAUCUACUUUUUUCAGGAUCUUUGUCUAGUCGAAGGAAUCGAUCAAUCGAUCUUAAAUUCUAUUGAAGUAAAACAUUUUGUUGAUUUGCUAAGGUUACUUCACUUACCAUCAUCUCCAAGAUCAAAAUCAUCAAAUGGUGGCAAAUUUGUGGCGAUACGCAAUGUGACAGAGCUCCAGGAGGCAGGAAUGAAGUUUAGGACGGCCAAAAGCAAUCACUUACUUGAUCUAAGAAAUACCAAGGAAGUGCUAGAAAUUCCCCUCUUGACUUUAGGUGAUGGAACAGAAUCUGUACUCAGAAACCUCUUCGCACUGGAACAGUGUCAUUAUUAUUAUGAUAGUUACAUUACUGAUUAUAUAUUUUUAAUGGAUAACCUAAUUGACACUGCAAAAGAUGCCGAUUUACUUAUCCAAAAUGGAGUCAUUACAAGCUUCCUAAGUGAUAGCGCUACAAUGGCCGGUCUCUUUAAUGGUCUCACCACAGAAGUGGCUUUGUGGAUUGAUAACUACUACUUUUAUAAUAUAUGUGAAAAACUGAAUGCAUAUUGCAAGGUUUCUCGGCACAAGUGGAGGGCAACAUUAACCCGUGAUUAUUUCAGCACUCCAUGGAUAACGGCUUCUACCAUUGCUGCAGUUAUCCUACUCGGACUUACUCUUAUACAAACUAUCUGUUCUCUAGUCUCCCUUUAGUUAGUUUGAUCACUGUGCUUGUGUACUUCCAUUAUGCAUUAUUAAUGUAUCCCUUCUAUUAUGAAUUGUAGUUGUUUCUCAGUUUCUGGUUUGAAGAGAUUGUGUAGUUUUCAAAAUUAACAAUGUCUUUCCAUGGUGGCACAAUCGAAUUUUUUUUAUUAUUUUUAAUUUUUUAUUAUCAUAGAUAGUAUGCUGGAAAACGAAUUUAUAAGGCAGAGUAAGAGAAGAAAAAUAUUUAAUUUUAUAUUAUUACCCAAGGCUUGGCUUGAUUGAUAUGUCCCUACUUUUUUGAUGAGUUGAUGGUUGAAGCCUCAAUGGGAAUAUAUGCAUCUUUAGUAUAU